AUGGAAGGCUUCCUUAGCGUGCGAGAACUCGUCAUGAAUGGAUACAAGAGCAUCACUCAGCAAAAGCUGAAAAGAUACACGUUCAGGCUGAGUCACAUGCAAAGAUUUAUUUUCUACACAUGGGUCUCUCUGGCCGCGCUGAUCGGAAUUUUUUUGAUAGCUGUUUUUACAGAUCCAGUCACACAGCUUGUCAUAAACCAUGAAAACUGCAGCGCAAAAGAGUGCAGAUAUCCAUUUACCAUACGCAAGCCCACAGUGCACGCCACAUAUCUAUACGGGAUUGUAAGCGGUGCGGCGCAGACCCAUAUGAAAUAUGCAACGCAUGAAAUCCCAGACGUGCACAUAGAGGAAGAGCAGGGAGCCCCAGACAAAAUGCCUAGCGAGUGUGCACCCUAUAUGGAAAGUGGGCAGUGGGUCUAUCCCUGCGGCAUCCUGACAUCUACCUAUCCAAGCGACACAUACAAAAUCCUUGCUGAAAACAGUGCGGAGGUUCCGAUUGAGGCCGACUUUAUGUCGCAGCUCGAAAGCUGGAAAAACCCGUCUUCCUUCUUCUCCGGAAAAUACAUGGUCGGAAAAAUAAGCAACCUUCCCCCGGGAAAAUACACAUUGGUUCUCUUAAAAAAUGAAAAACACCCGCUGCCGGACCGGAGCACGGUUAUAGUGCGUAAUGCUGGGGCUUUUGGCACUAUGUUUUCAAAUGCAGGCACAGGCAUGAUAUGUGCUGCCGUGGGCUUGGCCGUGGUGAACUGCAUCAGUUGCUUCUUUUAUGUGUAG